AUGGUCUAUGAUCUGGUAAACCAGAGUUUCGUGACCACAUUUACCUUGAUCGGCUUUUCUGAAUACCCACACCUAUGGGCACCCCUCUUCUUUAUAUUUUUAACCAUCUACAUGGUCACGGUGGUGGGGAAUCUGGGGAUCAUUGUGGUCAUCAGAAUCAACCCCAAGCUUCAGACACCCAUGUACUUUUUCCUCACCCACCUUGCAUUUUUGGAUAUGUGUUAUUCCAGUGUGUUUACACCCAAACUCUUGGAGAUCUUAGUUGUGGAAAACAGGAUUAUCACCUUAGAAGGAUGUAUGAUACAGUAUUUCUUUGGAUGCACAUUCGUGAUUACAGAAAUGUUUAUGCUGGCAGUGAUGGCCUACGACAGGUUCGUGGCCGUCUGUAACCCUCUGCUCUACACAGUUGCCAUGUCCCGCCAGCUCUGUGCUCUCCUGAUAGCUGGGACUUAUCUGUACGGUGGCCUCUGCUCCGUCAUCCUCACCUACUCUCUUUGGCAACUGUCUUACUGUGGACCUGGCAUCAUCAAUAACUUUGGCUGUGAGUACUCUGCAGUCCUCUCUGCAUCGUGUUCUGAUCCUUCCUUCAGCCAGAUUGCAUGCUUAUUCAUCUCCAUAUUUAGUGAGUCCUGCAGCCUCCUGAUCACCCUGGCCUCCUAUGUGGACAUAGUUGUCACCAUCAUGAGGAUGCCCUCCAAGGGAGGGCUGAGAAAAGCCUUCUCCACCUGUGCCUCCCACCUGACUGCCAUCAGCAUCUUCCAUGGGGUCAUUCUCUUGCUCUACUGUGUGCCCAACGCCAAAAGCUCAAGGCUCCUGGUGAAAGUGGCCACUGCUCUUUACACAAUCCUCAUCCCCAUGCUGAACCCCCUCAUCUACAGCCUGAGGAACAAGGAUGUGAAGGAGACAGUCAGGAGGUUUCUCCACUCCAAACUGCAUCCCCAGUUGAUUUGA